CUGACUGCUUUUCUACGAGACCGUUAGUACGAGAAAGAGACAGCGCGAUUCAGACGAAUACAACAAGGUUAUAACACACACACACACACGCGCGCACGCACACACACGCACACCAUACUACAGCCAGUGAGGAACCAAGCAGUGUGGAGAGAAAGAUUCAAAGAACAGCGGAGGCGAAAGAGAGAAAAGGCGCAGGGAAUUUGACGGAUGAGUUGUCUUUCUCCUACCGCGUUUUUCUUUGUGUGAACCCCCCCCCCCCCCUCAGGAUCACCACAACAACAUCGCUGCUAGAUCUACCGCCUUACUUCUUAGCCUCGAUUCCUGGUUUUUCAACUCGUGCGCUACAUUCGUGCAGCGGAGAGAGCAGAUUCGUUGAAUGUUGGGAGCUCAAAAUAGCCUGCAAGAGUCUUGAGGCCCCAUUGUGAGUGCGAUGACCAACAAGUUUGGCUGUCGCCCGGUGGUCAUUUUUGGGAGCUGUCUGUCAACGGCAGCGUUUGUCCUGUCCACUUUCUCUCCUAAUGUGGACAUGUUGAUUGUUACCUACGGAGUGUUUGGAGGUUUUGGUCUGGGCAUGAUCUACCUUCCAUCCAUUGUCAGUGUGGGUUACUACUUCGAAAAGAAACGAGCCUUUGCCACAGGGCUUGCUGUGUGCGGCUCAGGGAUAGGGACCUUCAUGUUCCCACCACUUAGUGAGUUUCUCCUGGAUGAGUAUGCAUGGCAAGGGGGACUGCUCAUCAUUGCUGGCAUUAUCUUCCAGGGUUGUAUCUGCGGUGCCUUGAUGAGACCUUUGGAAGCAAAGCCUGUGUGCAAGUCAAAGAAAGCAAAGAGCCUAGGUGCUGUCGACAGAGAUAGGGGGAUGUCAGAGAGCAGCACUUUCACCAACUCUGUCGGUGACCCCAAUAAAAUCAUGGAAGGUGUCAUGGAAGCCAAACUCUUGAGGGAGAAAGGACUUCAAGACAACGACUCUGAUCUAGGGUCUCUCCCGAGUAUUGCUUUCAUCAAACGAGGAGACAGCAUCAGUGUCGCUGAUCACAGACGACUGAGCAGCGGUAUCCCCAUCCCUGGCUCAGAUGCUGCUCGUAAAUACAAGCUGUCGGUAGGCAGCAGUUAUGCCGACUCUGCAGGUUCCCCUGUGAGAGAAAUUUCCGGACUCACAAACUCUCCCCCUGUGGAGUCGCCUGGGUCAGGAACUCCCAAGAUUGUGUUGGACAAAGGCAAAGCAGAGUCUCAGAUGACUUCAUCAGAUGCGGACAGUGAAGUUAAAGUGAUUGAAGCAGCUGAUGCAGACAACUUAACUGAUGGAACAAGCACUGAGAGAUCUGACUAUUUCACAGCUCCAGAAUCUGACCCGAACAGCCCAACAAAAAGUGCAGCAGGCAGAAGUCUGAGCACUCCGUCCGACGAGAGUGAGAGUACUAAAGCCACGGUGGGCACGGGAGAGACAGUCUUAGAGAAUGGGGAUCUGAGUACCGGUACUCCUACUAUCACCGAGAAUGUCAUCAUCCCAAACAAUGUUGAAUCUUCAAAUAAAACUGAACAGAGCCAACCACAAUCAAAGUCUCACAACACGAGUGAAUUCGCUCCCCUUUUGGAAGUUCCCUCCCCUGUCAUUCGCAAUGGCAGUGUGAGCCAAACUGGUGGCUACGGUGGGAGCCGAACAAACAUGUCGCAUCUUCACAGCCUUCGUUCUCUUCACGUCUCAAAGAAAGACUUAGCUCGACCACUGUACCGCAAAGACAUUUUUUACAGCGGAAGCGUUCUCAACAUCCCACAAUUCCAUUCUCAGCCCGACAUGAAAAGCUACAUCACAAGCAUCACCACAAUUCCUGGCGAGAUGGAAUUUGUGGACGGCCCCAGUUCCUCAUCAAAAUGUGUCAACAAGUGCUGUGCUUGUUUGCCUCGCUCGGCGAGAGACGUUCUCAGCGAGAUGGUUGAUAUUUCUCUCCUAAAAGACCCUAGCUUUAUGCUCAUUUGUCUGGGCAACUUUACAGCCUUCUUAGGCUUUUUUAUCCCAUUUGUAUUCCUUGUUGACAGAGCUGUGUCUUUAGGGAUCAACAAAAGUCAAGCUGCUUUCCUGAUUUCCAUCAUUGGUAUUACAAACACCGUCGGCCGUGUGGCUGUGGGUAAGCUGGCUGAUCUGAGAGUCAUCGAUAGUUUGGUCAUCACCUACAUGUCCAUCAUCGUCAUUGGCCUGGUCACUGCUCUGGUUCCUUUCUGUGACACCUACGCACUUCUCGCUACUGCCUCUGCCGUUUUUGGGCUCGGAGUGGCUGCCUUUAUUUCACUUUCAUCUAUCAUCAUCUGUGACCGCAUGGGUCUGGAGAAACUGACCAAUGCAUUUGGCCUGAUGUCCAUGGUCAGAGGGAUAUCUGGCAUGAUUGGUCCACCCUUUGCAGGCUUCCUGUUCGAUUCCUCUGGUACAUACGACCUUUCCUUUUACCUUGGAGGCCUGCUAUUGUUUAUUGGAGCCGCCUGCCACGUUUUCCUUCAUCUGCCAUGUUUCCGAAAGAAUACUCCCCCUCAAGAAAUGAUCAUGGAAGAGGCUAUCGGGGAAAUCACUUUGGAAAACAUGGGCUCAAAACCUGAAAUUGUUACUGUUGAAGAAGCGUUGUCUUCUGUGUAAAUGAAUACAAGCAUAAUAAUGCCAUAUGUCAUUCAUUCUGUCUGUUUGUCUGUCUCUUUCUUUCUCUCUCUCUCUCUCUCUAACUCUCUCUUCCCACUCUCUCUCUCUCUC